CCCCGAGUGUCCCGGGGCGCUCGGCGCCGCCGCUCCGCCCUUGUGAUCGCGGCGGAUCGCUCGGUGCGCGGCUCCCGGCGCCGGCGGAGCGGGACGCGGGCGCUCCAUGAGAUAUUGAAGAAGAAUAAAAAGCUCCUCAAAGGUUUGGAAGGUUGAAUGUGAUCACCAUGAAGAGCUUAAAAGCAAAGUUCAGGAAGAGUGACACCAACGAGUGGAAUAAGAACGAUGAUCGGCUGCUGCAGGCGGUGGAGAAUGGAGACCCUGAGAAAGUGGCUUCRCUGCUGGGCAAAAAGGGAGCCAGCGCCACCAAACAGGACAGCGAGGGCAAAACCGCUUUUCACCUGGCAGCCACAAAAGGGCAUGCAGAGUGCCUCAGGAUCAUGGUGACACAUGGUGCAGAUGUGGCAGCCCAAGAUGGUGCAGGACACAGUGCUUUACAUCUUGCAGCAAAGAACAGCCACUCUGAUUGCGUGAAGAGGUUACUUCAGAGUAAAUGUCCAGCAGAUUGCACUGACAAUUCUGGGAAAACAGCUUUACAUUAUGCAGCUGCAUGUGGGUGUCUUCAGGCAGUUCAACUUCUGUGUGAGCACAAGUGUCCCAUUAAUGUCAAGGAUCUGGAUGGGAACAUACCCCUGCUGCUUGCMGUACAGCAUGGUCAUGUGGAAAUCUGCAAAUACCUUCUGGAUCAUGGAGCAGACAUCAACACCAGGGAUAAAAAUGGAAGAACUGGUUUGAUGAUGGCUUGUGAAGCGAGUAACCUGAACAUGGUGGAGGCUUUCCUCAGGAAAGGUGCAGAUGUCAGUUUAGUGGAUGUCUUCGGACAGAAUGCCCUGCAUUACGCCAAGCUCUCCGAGAACACAGGGAUCCAGAACCUCCUGUCAUCAAAGUUAUUGCAGGAUGUGGAUGCAAAGUCUCCAACAAAAAUGAAGCAGCAUGAUCAAGGCUCUAAAUUAAGUUCAGAAAGAAGUGGAACUCCAAAAAAACGCAAAGCCCCACCUCCUCCUAUCAGUCCUAUUCAGAUUAAUGAUUUGUCCUCUCCACACUCAUCAACUUCAACUCCCAUGACUGGAAAAGGGCAGGCUUUCUUUGCUGAWCAAGUGUGCAAGGAAGAAUUCAGCUCCUUGCAUAGAGAUAAUAAAGACAGGCUSAGUGACAGCACAACAGGUGCUGAUAGUUUGUUGGAUGUGAGUUCUGAAGCUGACCAACAAGAUCUACUUCUGUUGAUGCAAGCAAAAAUUGCCUCUUUGACGUUGCACAAUAAGGAGCUGCAGGACAAAUUACAGGAAAGAGCACCUAAGGAAGGGGAUUCAACUAUAGAAUCUUAUUCAACCCAAACAGUGUUUGAGCAAACAGCAGAGAGAUCAAAUGAGUUCUUGGUGCAUGAGCUGAAGCCUACCUUAAAUUCCACUCAAAUCCAAGAGAAGAUGGCAAGCCCCAGAGAAAUAAAAAUGAAGUACUUCCAUGAAGACUUAAACGAUGUGCAGAGAAAAUCAGAGUAUUCYGAAGCCAAAAGAAAGCAUGUAGAAACUCAAGUCCAGUCUAGAGUCCCAGAAACAGAUAAAUUAAAUAGCCCAGAUAUUUCAGAAAAUGGUUCUGAUCUUAAUCUGAGGUUCCAAGAAACUCAAAACAGGUAUGAGGAAGCUGUGAAAGAGGUUUUGAAUGCACAAAGGCAAAAGAAGUCAGGUCUUGUUUCCUCUGAAAGUGAAGAAACCAGUUCUGAUGUGAGUAUGCUGAAGGUUACAUAUGGAGAAGUUGAAGCACUUAAGCAAGAAUUGAAGAAAGCAUUGGAGGAAAGUGAAAGACAAAAAGAAAAAGUGAGAGAGCUACAGAARAAGUUUGAAGACAGAGAGCAGAACAUGGCAGGCAAAUUGUCUGUGGAAGAGUGUGAGGAAAUGAAGAAUUCAUAUUGUUUGGUUAUUGAUAACAUUAAUCAAGAGAAAGCAUUGCUGAUUGAGAGGUACAAGGAAGGGCAAGAGGAAAUUAAAAGGCUACAGGACAAGCUGGCAAAUCAGAUGCAGUUGGAAUCUAGUGCUGAAGCUGGAGAGAAGAAAGAUGCAAUGCACAGAACGAUAGAUGAGCUCAACAGACAACUUAGUGAAUUGUCUCAGUUGUACAAAGAGGCACAGGCAGAGCUUGAAGACUACAGGAAGAAAAAAACUCUAGAUGAUAUAGCUUCAGACUACAUUCCUAGAGAUGAACAUGAGAAACUGAUGGAGGUGACAAAUUCUUUGAAAUAUAAAGCAGAAAAUGAGUUAUCUAAAAUGAAAUCCCAGUACACAAAAGUGUUAGAUGAAGCAGAAGAGCUCAAGCAACUGUUAGACACUCAGAAACAAAAUUCUUUGCCAAUUACUGAACACCGUCAGGUGAUAAAUGCACUCAGAAAUACCAUAAAGGAGAUGGAAGAAGAAAUAAAUGAGCUCAAACGACUGCUUAGCAACAAGGAAAGUGAAUUAAGAAACUUGGAAAAGGCRUUACUGGAAGAAAAAGCUGCAAUUAAUGAAGCAAUGGUACCCAAGGCCACGUAUGAAAAGCUCCAGUCCUCACUAGAGGGUGAARUCAGUGCUAUGUCAUCCAAACUGAAGGAUGUAAUCCGAGAGAAAGAAAAUAUUUCCUUAGAUGCCAUGAGACUGAGAAAUGAAAUCUUGCACUUGAAAGAAGCAAAAGAAGGUAUGCAUAGUCUGCUUGAAGCAAAGGAACGGGAGGUGRCUGAUCUUCAACACAAGUACCAUCAAGUUCAAGAAGCUCUUAUUGAGAUGAAAAACUCAUCAAAACUAGAAGAAGAUAAAGAUAAAAAGAUCAAUGAAAUGUCCAAGGAAAUUAGCAAAUUGAAAGAAGCGUUGAACAGCCUUUCUCAGCUCUCCUACUCAACCAGUGCCCCCAAAAGACAAAGCCAACAGCUGGAGGUGCUGCAGCAACAAGUGAAGCAGUUGCAAAACCAACUGACUGAAACUAAAAAACAACACCAGGAAAUUGUCUCAGUUUACAGGAUGCAUCUCCUCUAUGCWGUGCAGGGUCAAAUGGAUGAAGAUGUCCAGAAAGUGCUUAAACAAAUUUUAUCAAUGUGUAAAAGCCAAUCACAGAAAAAGUAAACAAAAAAAAGCCAAUGAAAACUCCCUAUUUUUAUUAAUCCUGUUACGGUUGUUUAUCUAGAUUUGCCUUAACAUAAGAUUUAAAAUYGGCAAUUUGCUGCUUUUGUGUUUUUGUGCUAUUUGUGAGGGGGAUAUAUUUGUCUGUCUGUACCACUUCCAUGUGCAUUUCCAUGUGCAGUAGCUAAACACAUGCCUGCUUCUCAUGCCCAAAAUGCAAAUGUGUUCUUCAGACUCUUCACACAGGCCACUCCAUGUCGUGUUUACCCUGUGAGUACUUUUCCAGCUUCCUCCAACAGCAGCAGGUUAACCUGGAGGAAGGCACUGGUGUUGCCUGGGUAAAGGUGAAAUUCUCUGUGGGGUCUUYUGUGCUGAAAAGCUGCAUCUCGUUGCUGGGUGUGUUGGAUGCUGUAGCACUCAGAUUGCUGAUGUUUUUCCUCAUGCAGUCCUUGGCAAAACAGACCUGGACCUUGCAGCGGCGAGCAGGAGUAGAUAUUUAUGCUAAGCCAGAAGGUCAAACAGCUGCACUUCRUGGUGUAAUAUUAUUUAAGAUUAGCACACUAAAAAGUAGCUGCCCCAGUUCACCCAAUGCACUGAGUACAUAAAAACCAUGCCAUACUUCAUAGUUUCCUUAAAUACCUGGUGGUGGAAUGAUAUUAUUUCAAAAGGUAAAAGCGUUAGUUUAUUGAAGUUAUGUACAAACAGAACUGUCCAUAUAAACARCCCUUUAGGAUAGGUUUAGCAGUCUAUGCAAGCGUUGGCCAUGAAGCUCAGGAACAAAACCAGGACAUAUACUUUAGACAAGGGAUUCUAGUGAACACAGGAUGUUUACAGUGAAUGUCAAUGCCUCAUACUUCCUAACCUCACUUUUGUAAAGAUCUUCUCUUCAGUAUAUUUUUACUGGCCCUCUAAUGAAUUUUUUUGUAACGAAACCAUUUUUUCUACAUGAUAUUUGCAUUAAGCUUAUUAACAAAUAUUUUUAGGUAAUUGUGUCUUAGAGAGUUUCUUUUUAUACCCCCAAGUAUUCAGUAAUAGUGAAGCAUAGUGAAGUGUUUUCAGUUUGUAUGAGAUUUGUACGGAAUWGUAGACCUGUCUGUCAGUGUGGUCCAGAGCAAUGAAGUGUAAAUUCAGCCUGCUGUUCCAAAAAAAAUUAGAAA